AUGACCAAGCUGCGAAACCAAGAUAACCUAUCGCCUUACUCCGGUUCCAUAACUCCAGGGGCCUUGAGGUCUGUUGCUAAUUCCAGUCUACUUCGCCCUCUAACCCGACAAUCCAAAUUAUGCGACUUAAUGGAUAAUGGUUGUUUAUCGGCUGGAAUUCGUCGGUCACCUUCGCAACCCAAUCUAUAUCGACCUUCACCUGAUACUGAUAUUUCAUACCAUGGUGUUAAUAGUUCAUAUGGAACAACCACACCUCACGCCGCAGCUGGCAACCUUGCGCGUUACUCACAGGAAUCAGGUUAG